GGAAAAGGGUGGGAGUGAGUGAGCGCGCGCCGCCCGUCCGUCGUGGUUUCCUGGCUGCGCGCGGCGCCGGCGGAGUUGCUGCAGCUGUAGCACCAGCGGCGAAGAUGGCGGAGGGGUUGGAGCGUGUGCGGAUCUCCGCCUCGGAGCUGCGAGGGAUCCUAGCCACUCUGGCUCCCCAGGCCGGGAGCCGAGAAAACAUGAAGGAAUUAAAGGAGCCCAGACAGCGCAAAGAUAAUAAGCGUCCAGAUCUCGAAAUCUAUAAGCCUGGUCUUUCUCGACUAAGGAACAGACCUAAAAUCAAGGACCUCUCUGGGAGUGAGGAACUUAAGGAUGAAAUUGCUAAUGACAAAGAUUCUUCUGCUGUUGGAAAUGGUACACAGCUCAUUAAAGAUGUCUGCAGGGAAUUGGACAGCCAACAGCAAAAUGGUCCUAUAGACUCAGAAAAAAAUCGGGCACGAGAGACUUUUCUUAGGACUGCUGGACAAGAGGAUCGAACUCUAAGAAUCAUCAAGAGAACAAAGAAACCAGACCUUCAGAUCUAUCAGCCUGGACGCCGUUUGCAGACUGUCACCAAAGAGUUGGCUAGCCGGGUGGAUGAAGAAGGAAUCCUUAGCCAGGUGGAACAGUUGAGAGUAGAGGAAGAUGAGUUCAGGGGAAAAGAUGUAAAAGAGGAAGUUGUAAAUAAAUCAGACAAAGCUGAGACAGAAAAGAACCAGAGUAAUGACAGAGGAAGGACUGUAAAAGGAGAAAAAGGAAAAAGGACUGAAAAGGGGGAGGGGAUGAAGAAAAUGAGUGAUGACCCAGCCCAGGGGAAGCCAUGUUCUGCAAAGCGCUACUCCCGCUCAGACAAACGAAGGAACCGCUACCGCACUUGUAGUACCAGCUCAGCUGGUAGCAACAACAGUGCUGAGGGAGCUGGCCUGACUGAUAAUGGAUGUCGUAGACGCCGUCAGGAUCGGACUAAGGAAAGGCCACGACUGAAGAAGCAAGUAUCCUUAUCUUCAACUGAUUCCUUAGAUGAAGACAGAAUUGAUGAGCCCUAUGGAUUAGGGUCCAGGAGGAACUCAGCAAGGAAGAAGCAUUUAGAAAGAAACUGGUCUGGUCGUGGGGAAGGUGAGCAGAAAAACAAUGGUAAAGAUAAUCGAGGCACUCUUCGGGUCACUUUUGAUGCAGAAACCAUGAACAAAGAUUUCCCUAUGGUGAGGUCAUCCAGGGAGGAUGUGGAUAGGAUAAAGCCAGACAAAGGCUUGAGCAGUGGGGGCAAAGGCUCUGAGAAGCAGGAGUCCAAAAACCUGAAACAAGAACUUCGUGGUCGUGGUCGUGGUAUUCUGAUUCUUCCUGCCCAUACUGCCUUAUCUGUCACUUCAGCAGGUUCUUCAGAGCCCACACCUACAGGACCUCGACUUUUAUUUGGAUCUAGUAAUAAAGGAUCUCGGAGUUGGGGCCGUGGAGGUACCUCCCGCCGACUAUGGGACCCAAACAAUCCUGAUCAGAAACCUGCUCUAAAGAGCCAGACACCUCAGCUACAUUUCUUAGACACUGAUGAUGAAGUCAGCCCUACAUCUUGGGGUGACUCACGCCAGGCCCAAGCAUCUUACUAUAAAUUUCAAAACUCUGACAACCCCUAUUAUUACCCUCGGACACCAGGCCCUGCCUCCCAGUAUCCUUAUACAGGUUAUAGCCCUCUACAAUACUCAGUGGGCCCUACAAAUGGUGUUUUCCCAGGGCCUUACUACCCAGGCUACCCGACUCCAUCAGGGCAGUAUGUAUGUAGCCCUCUCCCUGCCAGCACUAUGAGUCCUGAGGAGAUAGAGCAGCAUGUGAGGAGUAUGCAACAACAGGAGUUACAUAGGCUUCUCCGGGUGGCUGACAACCAGGAACUGCAGCUCAGCAACCUGCUUUCCAGGGACCGCAUCAGCAUUGAGGGCAUGGAGAAAAUGGCGCAGCUCAGAGCUGAACUACUGCAGCUGUAUGAGCGCUGUAUUCUAUUAGACAUUGAAUUCUCUGAUAAUCAGAAUGUGGAUCAGAUCCUGUGGAAGAAUGCUUUCUAUCAGGUGAUUGAAAAGUUCAGGCAGCUUCUCAAGGAUCCAAAUAUUGAAAACCCAGAACAGAUUCGGAACAGACUCUUGGAGCUCUUGGAUGAGGGUAGUGACUUCUUUGAUAAUUUGCUUCAGAGGCUGCAGGUUACUUACAAGUUCAAACUGGAGGACUACAUGGAUGGUCUUGCCAUUCGCAGCAAGCCAUUACACAAGACAGUAAAAUAUGCCUUGAUCAGCGCCCAGCGAUGUAUAAUUGCAAGGAGAUAUCGCUAG